AUGAAGAACGGGCUGUCUAGACUGGAGAACGUGUUGACGAGACACAUGCGUGCUGCGCUACAGCGGACGUUCACGGCGGACCAGAUUCGCUACCUGUCGUUUGGCAUGUCGUUGGUGACGUGUUUGCUCGACGCCAACGUGUCGGUCUUCUCGCUGUACACGCCGGCGUUCAUUGCCGGCCUGAACUACACCCAGGUGUCGAUCAACAUCAUUUCCGGGGCGAUGCUGCUCGGGCUCUACCUCACGCUCCCACUGCUCGGCUACUUUGCCGACGCCCACGGCCCCGUGCUCUUGGCGCUGAUCGGCCUGCUUGUGUCGCCGGGGUACUUCCUGGCCUGGAAGGUCUACGAGGCCCGUGCCGGCGAGUGGUGGAUGGCUGUGGCCUUCUUCCUCAUCGGCACGGGCACUUCCAGCGCCUACUUUUGCAGCUUGCUCACGUGUGCCCGCGUGUUCCCCGACCGCAAGGGCCUCAGCAUCUCGCUGCCUGUGUCAUGCUACGGGCUCAGUGCGUUUCUGCUAGCGUGGCUGCUCACGUGGGACGUCUUUGUGGACCAGGCCACGGGCCAGCUGCACAUCCAGCGGGUGUUCCUCUCGCUCACGGCCCUCUACGCCGUCGUGUGUGCGGUGAACUGGGUGAGUAGCGUUGUGGUGAGCCUCGAAAAGGAGAUUGUCUUUUCCCGGCUCUUUGAGGAGGAGCGGGCGGAGCGGGCGGAGCGCGCCGCCCAAGCAGACCCGCAGACGGACGCCCCCGCCGGCUACGGGGCCGUGGGCUCUUCCGGGGCGGGGGGCCCUCGCCCUCGCCCCGCGGCCGACGGCGUGGCCCAUGGCACCACCACCACCCCCUCCGCCGGCGGCGGCCCCGCCGCGGCCGACGAGGAGGCCGGCCUGCUCGACGCCGGCGUCGUGGACACGGCCACGCAUGGGGACCGCUUCCGUGCGUUCCUGCGCGACCCGUCGAUGCGGCUCGUGCUGGCAGCCCUCUUCUGUCUCGCGGGCCCGCUCGAGCUGUACAUCUCGAACCUGGGCUCGAUCCUCAAGAACGCCCCCGGCAGCAGCGGCGACGAGCGCCAGAUCUCCACCCAGGUGGCUGUCUUCGCUGUCGCCAGCACGGCCACCCGGCUCAGCAUGGGUGUGCUCAGCGACGUCCUCAACAGCUGCCGCUCCACGGUGCGCCUCAUCUUCGCCGCCGUCGCCCUCACCGCCGCCGGCUUUACGCUCGUCGCCGCCGGCACACGCCACGCCGGCCUCGUCAGCAUUGUUCUUGGCACCGCCUACGGCACCGUCUUUACCAUGUUCCCCACGCUCGUCGCGACCGUGUGGGGGGUGGAGAUCUUCGGCUCCACCUGGGGGCUUUUUCUCGCCGCUCCGGCCGUCGGGUCGAUCCUCUUCGGCCUGUUCUACGCCCUCGAGUACGAUUCCCACUGUGGCGCCGGCGGCGUAGCCGCCGGCGGGAGCGGGGCUCCGCCCGGGCCACCGGGCGGGGGCUUCUGUCUGCGCACCCCCUUUGCUGUCUUCGCCGUCGUCGCCGUCGCAGGCGGCCUCUGUGUGCAGGCCGGCUGGCACUGCUACUGGCGCCCGCAGCAGGAGGAGGCGGAGGAGCAGCAAAAGAGGGGGUGUCGCUAG